GUAUAAAAAAAUAAGUACCGAAGUCGAUUCAUUCGGUUAAAACACUUCAAGGCGAUGCGACAGCGUGGUCACCGUCCAAUUACUGAAACAAGUAAAAGAUAAAAUGAGUUGAAGUUAAGUUAUUCCCCUUGUUUCAAAAUGGUGGUGACGUGGAAAAAUACUUUGUCAACAAGCUGAUACUGUCCACUCGCCGGUGUUGUAUUUAUUAACGACCUCAGACACAUGCCUUCGCAGGCUAUAAUUCAAAAUACCGAUUUUUUGUGAUAUAUUUUAACUACAAACAAAAAUGCGACGCUUGAACAUUGUUAAUAGGAAGCAAACUUUAAAAGUUGUUAAAGAACUUGAUGCUUUCCCCAAAGUUCCUGAGAAUUACAAAGAAACCACUGCCACUGGUGGUGGAGUAUCCAUCAUUACAUUUAUCAUCAUCAUCAUCCUCACUAUAUCUGAAAUCAGAUAUUACGCAGAGUCAGAACUUGAGUUUGACUAUAUGGUGGAUUCCAGUGUAGAUGGCACUCUCCAAAUUAAUGUUGAUAUUACAGUGGCAAUGAGAUGUCCAACUGUUGGAGCUGAUUGUUUAGAUAUCACUGGCCAAGAUGUUCAAGCUUUUGGUCAGUUACAGCAAGAUGAUGCUUACUUUGAUCUCACUCCACAGCAGCAACACUACCAUAAUACACUUCAAGAAUUUAACCAAUAUUUAAGAGAAGAUUACCAUGCUAUCCAGGAAGUUUUGUGGCUCACAUCUGGGAUAUCAUCUCUCGCUGCUAACAUGCCAGAUCCUGGGCUUAAACGUGAUGGACCACCUGAUGCCUGCCGAAUUCAUGGUUCACUACAUGUCAACCGGGUUGCAGGCAAUUUUCAUAUUACAGCUGGGAAGUCCAUACCAGUAAUACCACGAGGUCAUGCUCAUUUAGCUCUUCUUGUUGGCGAGAAUGAAUACAAUUUUUCUCAUCGAAUUGACCAUUUUUCAUUUGGAGAAAUUGGUGCCAGAUUUGUUCACCCUCUUGAUGGAGAAGUAAUGAUCACAAAACAAAAUUAUCACAUGUUCCAAUAUUUCAUGCAAGUUGUUCCAACUGAAGUUCGCACAUAUAAGAACAACAUGGACACUUACCAGUUUGCUGUUACAGCAAAGAACCGAACCAUUAAUCAUGAGAAAGGCAGCCAUGGAGUCGCUGGAAUCUUCAUUAAAUAUGACAUUGCUUCUUUAAAAAUCCGUGUACGAGAAGAACACAGACCUUAUUGGCAAUUCUUAGUCCGGCUUUGUGGUAUCAUUGGUGGAAUGUUUUCUGUAUCAGGAAUGCUUCAUGGCUUCUGUGGUUUCAUUGUAGAUCUAAUCUGUUGUCGAUAUUUGAAAAAGAACUCUAAAAACCAAGGUGAUGAAAGCCCUUUUCAAGCCACACAAACGUCUCUACACUCUUUGAACCAAUUUCCAUCUUCAGUAACUUCACCUUUGACCAUAGAUGCCACAGCAGGCAGUAAUCUGCCGACACCUGUUUCUCCUGAAGCUGACAUACCAGUGCCUCUGGUUCAAAUGACCGUUCCUUUGCUCCCAGUUAAUUCAGAACAUUACCAACCAGAAGCAUAAUUGCUGAAUGAAUGAGUUGCAAGUUGAUUAUAAAAUAUACUGGAAAUCUCAA